UUGUCUUCAUCGUUCGCAUCCUCGUUCAUGCUAGAAGUCUGGCAAUGGCCAAAUUAUUGCUAAGCAAAGCCGAUGAAGAAUAUCUGGAAAAAUGUGCAACACAAAUGAAAUUUAGCUAUGGCAUCAUCAUUGGUCAGAAAUCCGAACCCGGUAAAUAUAUCGUCGUGCAUUUGGCCAAAAAUGACGAGGAGGAAAGUGAUUUUCCCGAUGCCGAUUCCUCGGCGACCGUUGGCCCUCAGAAGGUCGAGCAAAUAAAUUUACACUCACUGGGCAAUCAAUGGUUAAGUGCCGGCAAAAUGAUACCUGGUUCAUUUAAUGUUAUGGGAUUAUUUAUUGCCGGUGUCAGCAAGGAUUAUGUUGAUGAUUCUUCGGAUGAAUUUAAAUCUGCCAAAAGACUGUUCUUUGAUAUGCACAAUCUACUUAAACAGGGACACCAAUUUAAGAGUAAUGAACACGAUGAUACCGAAUAUAUAUUCCUCACCUAUUCCAGUGCUGCUAAAAAGGCUGCCAGUAAAAUAUACAACUAUGUUGCCAACGGUGGCACCUUCUCGCCUCUGGACUAUCGUUUUGUGGAGAAACCCUUUGAAUGGUUUACCUUCGAGUGUAACUAUGAGCUAAACGAUGUUUUCCCCAUCUUGGAUGCUUCGGAAAAGAUCAACAUCGAAGUGCAAUUCCAGAAAACAAUCGAUACGGUGCGCAACAACCUGAAUGCCAGUGAGAUCUUCUUACAAAAUGAAUGUGUGGACGAUGACCAAAUAUUGGAUGGCUAUAUUAAACAAUUACGUCAGGGCAGUGGCAAAUCGAAUAGCGAUGAAAGUUAUAAGGCAACAAUAUUCCUACCCAUUAAGUGCCAAAAUACCAAAGGAUCGAAUAGCCCACCUGUGCAUGUCAAGGAAUUCAAUGGUACAAUACGUUUGUCGGGUGUUGUCUCCUCAAGGGUGUGGUGUAAUCCCAAGAAUACCAUUGGUGAUGUGAAACGUUUUAUUCGCGAGGAUAUUAUACGUUCCCUGAUGGCUCGUAUCCAGGUGUAUUGUGAUGGUCUGACGGAGCCAAAUAUUAGCAAUGAUGCCAUUUUCAUAUCGGAACCUCCACGAAGGGUGUACUUCAAUGUCAAUGCUGGCGGUCAGAAGUCAAUACAAUUCAGUGAUUACAUAUUCCGUGGCGAAACUCCCACAGUUGCCGCCGCCCAGGCGAAACAAAUACUCGAUUUGGACAUUACCACCGAUAGCAUAGUGGGCGAUCUGGAAGGUGUUCCCGAGGAUGAAACCUUCAGCGAUACCUCUUUCGAAAUGCAGACUGAAAAGCAGCAAAUGCAAAAAUUGGGUUCUCUGGAUCCGGCCGGCCAAAGGGAUCUGACUCGUACCAUGUAUAUGUUGGGUAUUGCGGUUUCCCUGCUGGUCCUGGUGAUAGCCAUUGUGGUGCAUUAUUUUAUGAAAUGAAAUUGACGGUGGC